AUGGGUGCAACUAGUCAAUUUCGACCUCUUGAUAUACCAACAGAUUCCGAUGGAUUCGUCAAAUCUUUCACUUUGUCGAGUUACAAUUGUUCCGAAGCCAACGAAGCACGUGCUUUCUUUCAAGAAUAUGGUUUCAUAGUUAUUUCCAAUGUCUUCACUCCGGAACAAUGUAACGAUACCAUCUCUGACAUUUGGAAUGUAAUCGAAUCGUUAGUGACACAGUCUGUGCGAAAUGACGAACAACUUUGGACUCAAACGUGUGUUCUUUUCUAUUUUUUCUAUUUAACGUACAAUUUCCGUCUUCCGUAUUACCUUAGACUUUGGAGUAAAACAGGUAUUCUAGAUGAAGGUAUCGUUGGUUGGGAAAGCCUGUGGACUCGCCAAAUUUUGUUCAAUCGACAAACUCCAGCUCUGCACACUGCUUUUUCUAGUGUACUUGGAACAGAAAAUCUUCUGGUGAGCCAUGAUCGUUAUGGAAUGCUUCGACCUGCUAAAAAACAUCCUGAACGUUCCACGACGACCAAUUUACAUUUAGAUAUGAAUCCAUGGCUUUAUAUUGACGACGAUGACAAUUCGCACCAAUUAGAAAUUCUCAGUAAGCUGCGCUAUAAAUCUGAUAUUGAUUGGAUCACAGAAAACAAUGAGCCCGGGUGUGCCAAAGUCGGUGAACUGCAUGUACAAGGUCUUGUCAAUCUUGCCGAUAAUCUGGAAGAAGAUGGUGGAUUCUGGUUAGUUCCUGGUUUUCACAAAUAUUUACCAC